AUGUCCAUACCGCCCAGAAUCCCAGAAUUAAAACUAGACGUUUCUGAUUCCGACUCUGACAGCGACGAUCGACCUCUGAACGAGGACAUGAAAAACCUGAAACUCGCCUCAACGUCAUCAGAGUCUAUCACCUCUUCACUGUCCGUCUCUUCUUCCUCUUCAACCCUAUCACCAGCUUCUGCACAUGCCGCACGUCCCCCAUCCGUAACCUUUAAAGUUCCCCUGCCACCAAAUAAGACCAAGGUAGAAAACUCUCUCAAUGCGUUUCCAAUGCUGGGUGGGCCGCAACGAGCUGGAGGUUCGCUACCAGGUAGACGAAAAGUACCUUUGGGACCAGGUUUUUCGCCGUUAGAUUGGGCUCGGCUUACAAUGUCGGGCCAAAACCUCCGAGGAGUCUCGCAGCUUGCGCGAUAUACCCUUGAAGACGUAGCGCAACAUAAGAAGCGGGACGACCUAUGGAUGGCUAUACAAGGCAAAGUCUAUAACGUGACGCAGUAUGUAAAGUUUCAUCCGGGUGGUGCCGGGCAGCUUAUGCGAGGCGCGGGGAAGGACGCUACCGAACUUUUCAUGAAGGUGCACCCAUGGGUGAAUAUAGAUUCCCUGCUCGAAAAGUGCCACGUUGGUUACCUGGUCAAGGACAAGUAG